AUGUUUCCUUCAGUCCUUACCUCCAUUCUCUACCUCUUCUCAGCAUUCCUGAGCGGCGUGCACGCAGCUGCGCUUCCGGUCUGUGGAGCCCCGCAGAAACCGGUCGUUUCAACACGCGGGAAGACGGUAGCAUACUUUGGCCAGGUCAGGGAUCAGCCUACUGAUUCCCUCUCAAAGUUCUGCGCCGAUUCAUCUGUGGAUAUUGUCGUGCUUGCGUUUUCCCAUAUCAUCAAGGGAAAGAAGGGGCUUCCGGGCUUGAACCUUGCCGGGUACUGCGGGGAUCCAAUAGAGGGGACCGACUUGAUUAACUGUCCAGAGUUUGGCACCGACAUCAAGGAGUGCCAGGCGCAAGGGAAAUUGGUGCUCUUGAGUUUGCAGGGAUCUAUGGGGACGCAGACGUUGAGCGAUGAUUCUGCGGCGUGUGAGUACGCGGAUAAUCUCUGGAAGCUCUUUGGUGAAGGCACCGGGCUAGAUUCUAUGAGGCCGUUUGGCAAUGCCACGGUUGACGGAUUUGACAUUGGUAUAUCUCCUUCUUUCUCCUCCUCUCCUCUCCCACACACACCGGCCACAUAACGGAGGAUCCCGGCUCACCGUCACAAACUCAGACAACGAAAAUGGAAACCCCCAAGGGUGGCCAACUCUCAUCUCCGAGCUCCGCAAAAAGUUCACCUCUGCUUCCAAAAGGUACUACAUAUCAGCCGCGCCGCAAUGCCCUCGACCCGACAGGUCUAUCGGGAGAGCAGUCUAUCUGGUCGACUUCCUCUUCAUCCAGUUCUACAACAACUACUGUCAAACCACCGGCCUCGUCUCCUCCUUCAACCAGUGGUCCGAAGACAUUGCUGCGAACGGCACCGUAGGAACAAAGUUAUUCGCGGGCUUCCUCGCUGCUUCGGGUAAGGGGACGGGGUACGCUAGCCACUCGGAAAUGAUUGGCUAUAUCAGCCAGAUCAAGGACAAGCCGAACUUUGGAGGUGUCUCGACGUGGGAUGCUUCGUGUGCUAAUAACAACAUGGACUCGAACGGGAGGACAUUCCUAAAGGCCAUGAGGGAUUCUUUGCUGUAA